CAUCUCCAGUCAUGCUCAGACUCUGGGCCUUGCACAGACCCUCACACAGACUGUUUCAUCGCAGCACCGUGUGUCUGGACCAUGUCUUACAGCAACUUCAGGCCUGCACAGAAGAGGACCAGGUCUUCAACGUGGUGGGCAAAAACAAGGCCAAGCUUUCAGUCGGCCAUGUGGGCUGUGCCAUGCGACUGCUGUGGCAGUUUCAGAAGGAGAGGCCGGAGAUGCUACGAACGGUCGGGGUAAUCCGGAACCACCCGCAGUUUCUAACACUUCGAGUCCUGGCUGAAAACAAGAUCGGUCUGAUGGACGACCCGACAGUGGUGGAUGUACUUUAUAGUGUGCUCAGGCUCCACAUUGAACCGUAUGACUCCCUGGUCCAGCAGUUGGUGAUUGAAGCCUGGAAUAGAUUAGAAAGAUUUCCGAUGACGACGCUUUCGAAGUUAGCUAUCUGUUUAAACGAUCUGGCUCUGUACCACAGCCCACUGAUGGGUCAGAUCACUGAGAUCGUGAAUCAGAGGCUGGAUUCGAUAGACGAUGCCAGAGCGCUGACCACCCUGAUGAUCAGUAUAUCCUCUCUGCUGUCUACUCGCUUACGAGACGCGCUGAUCGAAAAAGCCAACGUUCUUCUAGACACCAUGGACAUUUACCAGUACAACAAUCCCAGGAGGAUAGUGCAGUUCCUCCGAAACAUCAGGUACAUUCAUCGGCCCAUGUUGGAAAAGUGCAACCGAAUUCUCCUUCAGAACGUCCCGCAUCUGGAUGCUGAGAACCUCAGUAUCAUCAUAACACUGUAUCAGUCGGUGCAGUUCAGCAACUGGGAUUUCAGACAGGCAGCCAGGCAGAGGCUGAUGGAGCUGGUGGACACCAGCACCGAUCCUGUGACUUUUACAAAGCUCCUAGUCGCACUGGGAUCACUCGCUGACCAGGCAACCAGAGAGAGGUUAGAGAGUACAGCACUGCUGUUGGCGGAUGAACUGAACGCUCACCAAGCACUGGCGAUUGCCGAGACACUGGUGGAGAAUCAGUGCCGCAACCCACAACUGAUAAAUAAGAUUGCAUCAGUACUGCACAAAAACGUGGGCGUGUACAAGCCGGUGGAGAUCGCCAAGAUCAUUCAGGCUCUCAUAUCACUGCACUGCCAGGGUCCUGAGCUCUUCUUAAGGCUGAGGAGCAUUGUGCUUCGUUACAUGCAGGACAGCGUGCACCCGUACGAAGUGGCCAUGCUGACCCGUGUGCUCUCAUUGCUCCCCACUCCGCGUGUGGAGGACGCGGUCCUCGCCCGUAUCGACGUCAUGCUACCUCAGUGCAGUUUGAUGGACCUUAACGCGUUCACAGUGGCCAUCGCAAAAUGGAUGCGAAACGACUCCACCUACGGGCACGGUUCUCACGGCAAGUACGUGCGUCUGCUUCAGAGCGUGAACCGCUGUGCGCUGAAGCGGGUACACGCGGCCGAGAGACUGGACCAGGUGAUGGAUGAGCUGAAGUACAUGUCAGGGGAAUGGUUCGAGGAGAUGCUGCUAGAGGAAACCAUCGUGGUACUUCAGAGGUUGGCAGAUCAGCUUUCCUGGAUCAUUGUACCAGAGCUGGCACUCUUACUGACCAGGACUAGUUAUCGCUGUAAUGUUUUACUGGACAGAGUCGCCAGUGUGGCCCUAGAGAACAUACAUAAGAUUCAUUUUUCGGGAAUUUACGCCACGUUGCUUCCCUUCGCUGUACUUAACUACGAUUCCCCCAUCGUAGAUGAGUUGUUCGAUGCUUACAUUCAACAUUUUAUUCCAAAUAUUAGAUUCCUUGACCCUCACCUGCUGGUCCUGUUGGCGUACGCCUUGGCCGUGGCUGACCGUUUUCCAGAGCCAGUUAUCAGAGAGAUAUUCAGUGUGGAUUUCCUGGGCAAACUGGAUGCACAGCUUGAGACGCUGUCAAACGCUCUGAACAUGCGGGUGCGCUCACGUCUCAUGCAGCUGAACCGCGCCGUCUGUCUCGAGUGCCCAGAGUUCCAGGUGCCCUGGUUCCAUGAGCGCUACUGCAUGCAGCUUCUGAGGAAAAACCACAGCUCAGUCAGUCCAGUCCAGCAACAGAUCCACAGGAUGCUGGGUGAAGUGCUUGGAGACAUUAACUGUGCCAAAGUCGCGGUGCCGACGCCGUACUUCUACUCUGUUGAUUUUGAGUGCAUCCUGGACCGCAAUCAGCAGCCAGUACCCUACAGCAAACCCAGCCGACUGCAGAUCAGCGAGAACGGCAAAGUGCAGUGGGAUUCCAGUUCAUCCGGGGAGGACAGAACAGAGCUUCCUCCAGGUGCUCGCCGCAUUGCUUUGGACUUCUUGGAUUCCAGAUCGUUUUGCAAAAACUCACCUAACGUUAAAGGAGAAGUUCUGAUGAGAAAGAGACAUCUGGAGAUCUUAGGAUAUCAUGUGCUGCAGAUUCCUCAUUUCGAAUGGAACUCUAUGGAGCUCUCGACGCCUGAUGCCUGGAAGGAAUAUUUGAGACAGAAACUGUUUACAGAACCGUCCUGAGACUCUUACAUCGUCAAAAACCCUGAACUGUGGGUCAGAAAUGGAGAAGUGACUGAAUGAAGUGUGUAUUGUGUCCUCUUACACUCUUACGCUGAAUGUUGGAUCGAAUACCAAACACCACCACGCUGAUUUAUACCUGAUGAUGCCUCUAAACAAUGCAAAUGUAAUACAGUACUGAUGUUUGGAUUUUACAUAGAAUGUAAUAUAUUGUUAUUACAAAUGAUAUUCUGAUAUUAGCAGUUGCAGACAUUCUCAGACCUGAAUAAAGUUUUCUAAAAUAAAAGAUAAUGUUUUUAAAAAAUGUGACACGAGUGUA